UUUUCAGUCGGAAUUUCAUCAUCGAUAAGUCUGCGUGGAAAAUGGAGCGGUAAUAGCUAAAGGAAUAACAACAGCGAAAAACGCAAAGAAAACGGCCUUUUGUCCGCUAUUUCAGCGAAUUUUUUGUUAAAAGCAAAAAUUUACCAAACGACGACUUCUACCACUGCAACUACAUCCACUCACUACCACCAAAAUCACUAUCAAAAAUAAUAAAUACAUCCAAGCAGCAGCAGCAACGUUGACGUGAGCAGAAUUUUGUGAUGAAAAAAAUUAAUGGUCAACCAGAAUUAACUGCCACAGCGUAUACAGCUAAAGCACCAGCAGCAACAAAAGCAAACCAGAAAAUUUCACCCAAAUUAAACAUAUUAAACACAAUAGAACAUCAGAAGCUAGUAAUUUUACAAUUUAAUCAAGAUCACCAACAAGCAGUAGAGAAAAACCAAAUUGGCGUAGUCGGGGCGUCAGCUGUAGCAGCACUUAAAACGCAGUCAGACGAAACAUUUGUUGAGUCGACCGCGGCAGAGGUAGCGGCAGCAGCAGCGAACGCAACAGCAGUGAAAACUUUCCAUAUUGAAAAUUUAAAUUUGCAAGAAUCACUUGAUUAUUUGCGUAAUUCUAAUGUUUUUAAUGCGGGUUAUUUCUUGUACUACGUUAUUUGACUGCUAUUGGAACAGGCAGUAAAAGCAAAUAUUAGCUUUUCCGCAUACCAUCAGCUAUAGCACCAGAAGAACAACAAUAGCAACAUAAUUCUUGCUAGCAAUUAAAAUCCAUCACUUCAGCUUAAGUAGAGGCGAUCGUAUUUUCACUUAAAAUUGAGUACCCAUCUAUAACUGAGACGCAGGACGUAUUCGCUAUUAACUACAAAUUCAGGCCAAUAUUGUUAAAAGCGGAAAAGAAUAUUCAGAAAAUAGUUUGGUUCAAAAGAAGUGUAAUACAUUUGUGAAUUACUCUUACUGCGCAGUAUUUAACUAUAUUUUUGCCAAUCAUAACUUGCUGUGGAAAACCUGUACAACCAGGAGCAGAGAAGCAUUAAGUACUUGGUGACUCCAUCCACCAUUUUGAAAACAACAACGCUUUAGUAGCAUUUGCAGCUGCAGCACAGCUAUAAGUCAACGAACAGCCGAACGUCGGCGAACCAAACGUUGAAGAGGAGGCAGAAGUAGCUGCAGAAGAUCGACUGACAUUCGGCGUAUAUUAAUUGGAAAAGCGAAGAAAAUUGAGAAAAGGAGGUGAAACAAAAGAAUACGGAAUAAGCGAAAUAAACAAAACAAACAAAGUAAAAUUACGAACGUAAGCCAGCAACACAGAAACGACACAGUCAGGCCAGGCCAGACGGAAACUGGUGUUGCAGCCAACAAGUCGAAGCGAGCCGAAGUGAUAGAUAAAAAUCCACAUACUGUGGUAUAGGCCGCGAACAAUUGGACAAGCAACUGUGUGAAGAUUUAGCAUCAAGGAAAGAAUAGUUAAGUUGUUUGUUCUUCGGACUUGUGCGGGUUUGUUGUUUUGGAAUUUUGUUUCGGGAGCAACUUGGAUUUAUACCUGUAGUUGCUUUAAGUCAAUAUUCCUUGCAAGAAAAAUUCCGGCAAUAUAAAAAUUACUAUUUUUAACACUUUCAAAUCGAAUUAUUAUAAAUCUUACGAAAAUUAAAAAAAAAACAGUAAGAAAGAAGUGAUUUGUGCUAAUAUUAUAUACGUGCGAUUUUUUUUUUUAACGUGAACGAUUGCUAAUUCAACAAAUUCCAUUUUGAAAUUCUGCGCUGAUAGAAAAGUACAAUAAUAAUUUUUCACUAUAUCCCGGAAAAAAUAAAAUAUUGCCAAAUUACAACCGCAAACAAUAUAAACCACGUAAACACCGAAAACCGCAUACAAGCCAAUUGAAAAGAGAAAAAAUGGUGGAACGCAUAUUGGAGGAGGAGGAGUGCAACGGCUGCACACCAGCUGUAUCUACUGUCGCCAGUGGUUCCAAUGUAAAAACGGGCAAUCAUGGCAAAACCGCAACCUCGGUCGGUAGCGGCAGCGAUAGCGGUGUAGGCGGAGGCGGCACUUUCUCUACGGACACCGAUAACAGCAGUCAAUCAGGCGGCCAUAAUGAAAUCACACGCUAUAGCAGCGAAGAUGUUUCGGGCAACGAGUCCAGCGAGGCGCCGAAAAUGACGGAAAUCGAACGUCAGGCGGAACUCAAUCGUCACAAGGAGGAAAUGCAAAAGAAGCGACGCAAGAAGAAACGUACCAGUUCCUCUUUGCAUUCGUCAACAUUUCAAGAAUUGUAUAAGCUGACGGGCGAAAUCCUUGGCGAAGGCGCUUACGCCUCCGUACAGACAUGCGUGAACAUCUACACCGAUUUGGAGUAUGCUGUUAAGGUUAUCGAUAAAAUACCGGGACAUGCGCGUGCGCGUGUUUUUCGCGAAGUGGAGACAUUCCAUCAUUGUCAGGGACAUCCGGGCAUUUUACAAUUAAUUGAAUUCUUCGAGGAUGAUGAAAAGUUUUAUUUGGUUUUUGAAAAGAUUAAUGGCGGCCCCCUCUUGAGGCGUAUUCAAGAGCAGAUUUGUUUCUCAGAACACGAGGCAGCGCAGAUAAUCAAGGAGAUUGCAUCCGGUUUGGAUUUUCUGCACAAGAAAGGCAUUGCACAUCGUGAUCUGAAGCCGGAAAAUAUUCUAUGUGUCUAUCCAGACAAAUUGUGCCCGAUUAAGAUAUGCGACUUCGAUUUGGGAUCGGGCAUUAAAUUCACCACAGACGUCUCAUCGCCAUCGGCAACCCCACAACUUCUAACACCAGUCGGCAGCGCUGAAUUUAUGGCGCCCGAAGUUGUUGAUCUAUUCGUUGGCGAGGCAAAUUACUAUGAUAAGCGUUGUGAUCUGUGGUCACUUGGUGUGAUCGCAUAUAUUUUACUGUGCGGCUAUCCACCAUUUUCGGGCAAUUGUGAAGAGGAUUGCGGCUGGAAUCGCGGCGAGAAUUGUCGCACCUGUCAAGAAUUGCUCUUCGAGUCCAUACAAGAAGGACGUUUUUCCUUUCCCAUUGCUGAAUGGCAGGAUGUCAGCGAAGAGGCCAAAGAUUUAAUUCGUGGUCUACUUGUCAAGGAAGCGCCAAAGCGUUUAAGUGCCGAAGCUGUGCUAAAUCAUCCGUGGAUCAAGUUUUCGGAGGAAGAGUGUCCGAAUGAUAUUAAGAAAUUGGAGAAUCGGCGAAAGGCGCUGCGCACACCUGGCAAUAUAAGGCGCAAUCAAUCAGCGCGCGAAAUAUCGGAAUUCGCCGAGUCGGCAAUGGCUGUGAAACGUGUGAUAUUGCAGCACUUCUCCAUGCGUUACGACUAUAUGAAGGAGCGCCCCAAUAUCUAUCAGCCGUCGCAAAUGCAACUCGAUACCAAUGCGGACACCAACAGCAGUCCACCAAUAUUUAUAAAGCCACCACCGCCACGCAGUCGCUCCAUGAAUAACACGCUGAGCGUCAGCAAUAAUCGUUCCAUCUAUGGCGGUCGCAAUAGUAAUCUGUAUGCCACACGCCAUUCGAGUCGUUUGGGUGGAAGCAGCACUAAUGGAGGCAAAUCGUCGAGCAUCUUUCAAUCGGGUGCACCAUCGUUCAAAACACUGAACGUACAUGAAGAGGACGACGACGAUGAGGAGGCGCUUGAGGCAUUUGGACGGCUCGAUGAAGACGAAGAGUGGGCUCAUGCGGGAGAGCAACGGAACGGGUACUUUACCGCCAAUGAAGAGGAUUUGAAGGCGGAAGUGGAAGCCAGACGCAGACAAAUGGGGGAUAAUAAUGCUGAAGUUGAGAGUGAUAACGAGAGUUAUCCGCAUCUUUGGCGUGAUAUGGAUAAUGAGGAUGAGGAGGAGGGCGAAUUUGGGGGUGAGGUGGAAGCAACCAGCACAUCUAAGCCAUAUGAACAAGAUGGCGAGUGCAGUGAUAAUAAUACGCCCCAUGACUAUGACGAUUACACCAGUCGUCCAAAGUACUAUCUAGAUGAUAAUAACGAAGAGAUGGCGAUCGAAAAGAGCGAAGAGUUGGAGGACAAAAAUCGUUAUCGUCAUGGUGAUUAUGGUGAUAAUGCUAUUACUAGUGAUGCGGAGGAUAGUUCCUGUGUUAGGGGUGGUGACAAACGCAGUAAGACAACAUUACUACAGGGUGCCAUGCAAAUUAAGGAGGGAGAGAGAUCAGCCGGAGCUGAUACUGCUCUCGAGUUAAGUUUUAAUAGAUUACCUAAUAAUGAGAGUAAGGAUGUUGAUGAGACCGUGGAGAACGGAGAGUGGAAGAGUGGUGUUAAACAGGAGCGAAUGUUUGAGGUUAAUGAUUAUGUUAAUGUUGAUCAUAAUAAGGUUAAGGUUAAUGAUGAACUUGGAGACGAAGUUGAAGAUGAGACAAAAAAUUCGUUUGUAACAGCAGAAGUUGAUGAAAAUGUUUUCAAGUUAGAUGAGGAAGAAAACAUCGACAAGCAAAAUAAACAACAGCAAAUACAUUUUGCUAACGAAACGAAAAUGAAUUUCAGUGAAAAUUCAAAAACAAAUUUCAAAACUUAUUAUAACAUCCAAGAUAAUAAUAUUGAAGCAAAGCAGAAUGCUGAUAAUGAUAAUGAUAAUAACUGUAAGGUUAAUCGUAGCAGCAGCAGCAACAACAGCAGCGACGCAAGCGGCAACAAAGCGAAUGAUUUGUUGCUGGACGCUGGACAAAACCAACUUCCAAUAAGUGAUAUUAAUGAUAUAACAAUCACCAAUUCAAAUACAACUACACCAACAACAAACGCAGUUAAUGCAACCAAAACAACUCACACCACCAACGACAACAACAAUAGUAAUGUUUCGAAUAUAGAAACAAAAAUCGAAACAAAUAUUGCAAACAAAAACAUAAUCGAAGCAGAUAAUGUUACAACAACAAAAGAAAAUGCUAAUUUAUUGGCUAGUAUUAGUGAUUUGAAAGAAACGCUACCUGAACUUAAUGAGACUGCAAACAUUGUUGUCGCCACGACAUUAAAUGGAGUCGCCACCGAAACUGCAGCAUUCAAUGGAAGAAACGGAAAAUCUGCACCGCUAGUCGACAACAAAAUGGAUAAGGAGAAUGGGGGAAGGGUUGUCGCAGCUGAUGGGAAUGCCGAUGAGAUGGCGACUGCCAAGAACGUGGUGACAACAAUGCGAACGACUUUUGGCAAUCAACAACAGCAAACACAAAAACAGCUAAAACAGCAGCACAAGCAGCCGCAAAAGCAAAAUCAAAAGCAGCAGCAACAACAACAACAACAUCAACAAUCACAAAAUCAAAAUCAAAAACAACAAAUUUUGAUAAAAACGAAGCGUUCGCCGCGCGCGAAGAAAACACCGCGUAAUGUCUGCUUUGCGCUGGGUAACACCGGCGGACGCAAUGCUGGCGGCGUUGACGACGAUUACGAUGCAUAUCAGAACAAUAAUUAUGACGCCGAGCUGGAGGAUGAUGCCGACGAGGACGAUGUCGUUUACGGCAGACCACGUUCGCACAGCAACAACAUCAAUGCAACUGGUUAUGCACGUCGUCAGCAACAAUACAACAACAACCAUCGACGCUACUCACAACCAACAUCAGGCGGCAACAAGCAGCAGCAGCAGCAACAACAAUCGUCCGGACAGCGAGCCGAGAAUUGGCGCAGCCGCGGUGGCAUUCUAAUAAAUGGCAACAAUGCCGGCAACGGCAGCGGUGAUUCAUCGAAUACCACCAGUGUAAGUGGAGCGGCAAAUAAUUACCGCAACAAGUAUCGCUCACAAGGCGGCGUCAAUUCGCCCGGCUGGAAUGUGGGCGGCGCUCAACGCAAUGGCGGCCACUACUACAAUGGACGCUCCGCCGGUGGCAGCUACAGUCAUGUCGGCGUGAGCGGUGCCUCGCCACCGUCCGAUGACAGCGGCAGCGGCUCUGCAGGUGCCAUACACAACUGGCGCAACGAUUGCAUCUACACGGGUGCACGCAAUUGCGGCAUGCAACAGCGACGCAGCUAUCAACAUCCAACACAGCCGCGCUAUUCGCCACCCACACAUGAUGGCAAUGGUGGCAGCUUAAUGCGCGCGCAGUUCAUUAGAAACAAUCAACAGCAGCCGCGCAUCGGUUCAGGACGUUUUACGCAUUCGCCCACUGGCAGUAUGUAUGUGCCGCAGUCGCGCAGCAGUGCCGUCGGCGGCAUUUACAGCGGCGGCAACGGUUUUGGGGUAGCAGUCGGCGGCGGUUGUAAUGGCUCACUACCGACAGCUGGUGAGCUGGGCAUGGGACUCUCACCGCCGAGCGAGAGUUUGUUAAUGCGACGUAUGCGUGUAGUAGGCGCUGGGCAGCAUCGCAAUAAUGACUUCGGUGUCGGCGAUUACUGCCAAUCGGCAACGGCUAACGGUUAAUAAGCGAAAAGUUAACUACAUUCAUAUACAUACAUGAAUACACACCCAUACAUAUUACAUACAUACACAAGAAAACACAAAAACAAAACAAAAAACACCAUUCAUACAAAUGUGGAGCACGAAACGCUAGUUUUUCGAACGUUUCGUUGCUCUUCAAAUGCUUUUUUUUUAAACAAACGAAACCAACUCGAUUUCAUUUAUGUAUACUUAUUCACAAAUCUAAAACCUAUGUAACUCUGCGUGUGUGUGUGAGUGCGAAAAGUCAUUAAAUGUGGGCGACUAGUAUUUUAUAUAUUAUAAGCGAAAAGCGGAAUGGGUUCUGAAACACUCACUAACCGCCCGCUAUUACUGCUUGAUUGUAAAUUUUGAAAAAAAAGAAACAUAAAUUCACACGCUUACACGUAUAAUACCUCAAAUGCAUUUUGCGCUCCCACACACACGCAGACACACACACAAUUUCUGAACCUAUUCGGUUUUUAAUAUCACUUAUGUAUUUCAAAAUCUACGAAAAAAACAUACUUUUUUGUACUACUCGUAUUAAUUUAAUUUUCUUUUAUUGUGUACCGGAUAGUUUGAUGUGAGUUUUGAGCGCGAUAUUCUCCAAAGCGCGCACGCCGAGCACUUCGAUGAAAUUUAAAAAACCGCAACGAAAGCUCCGUGCGUCAACUAUGUUGCGAUAUUUCGGCAAUAGUUUGAAAUUGAAAUUUUUCUCUUUUUAAUUUGUUACUGAAGUUGUAUGUUAGCAUUUGUUGCUAACCAAUAUUUUAAUUUUAAUUUUCUAGCGUUUUUUUUUAUCCACACUCAACUCUUAAUCGCGCUCAACGAUAUCACACUUUCCGAAAUUCCAAAUACACACACAUAAUUUAGGCGUAAUUACUUCAUUAUCAUACUAUUAUCUCAAAAUUUUUGUCUUAUACUGAUACAAAUGUUUAAUUUCCAAUGUGUUUUUUUAUAUAUACUAUAUCUUAUAUUAUUUGAAGACUUUUCGUAACGACUGUUAAAUGUAAAAGAAACGCAAACACCAGAGCAAACAAAAAACAAAACAAAGCACACAUGUCAAGUUUGUUGUAAGAUGAUUGAUAAGGAUGUUGAUGUUAAAAAUGGCUGUUAAGAUGGAUAAAACACAAUGGCUUUUUGGCUCGCUUAUGUUAUGUGUAUUAUGAAUGAAAACGUAAAUACACAAAAUAAAUGUUCAUAUGUACGAACAACACAUACUCAACACACCUGCUGCCAUUGUGCACACACACACAGACUUUUCUUACAUAAUACACAUAUACACAAAAUACACGUACAUAACCAAAUACAACAACAACAACAAAAA